AUGGACGAAGUCAAAGCCGACCGCAAGCUCAAAGGCAAGGUCAACUUCAUCAGUUGGAAGCGCGAAUUUGAGCGUGCGGCCAAAGCGAAUGAUACCUUUGAGUAUCUCACGGGCGAAGAAGUUGUUCCCCCCAAACCUAGAAAGGAAGACUACUUCGCGAAGCCUGGCGAUGGCGAAAUCCGUCACUCUAUUCGGACUAAAAAGAUAUCAACUCCAAUGGUUGACGAUGGUGAUGAAACAGACGACGCUCAGGCUAUUCUGAUUACCACCAACAACAACCUCCGAUGGCAGAUUGACUACAAUGAACAUAAGAAUGCCAAAGAGAAGAUGAAGCUCGCAAGCAAGUUGCUGGAUAGUUGGGUCUCAGACGGCAUCAAGAUUGAGAUUGAAGAUUGCACCAACGCCAAAGAAGCGUACGAUUUAAUCAAGAAACGAUACGCGGUCACUCAUGAACGUGCGCGCGACACCCUGUUGAACCAACUGAGUUUAAUCAAGCUUGAAGACUGUUUGUCGGUGACCGACUAUACGAACAAAGUUCGCCAGGUCAAGGCUGACCUCAAGACCGUCAAAUACAACAUGACCGACGACAUGUUCGCUACCGCUCUGCUUCAUGGUCUUCCUCCCAGCUACCGUACCUUCAAGGACAAGUAUGACUGGAUUCGCUCGACCAAACCCGACGACCCUCCAGAUCUGGACUACCUUUACGAACGCCUACAUGUUGAAGAAGCUCAACAACUUCGAUUGAAGGAGGAGAGGAGGGCCCGCGAUAGGGCCAAGAAGGACACGACCAUCAACGCGGGCAACAGAGGCUACAGUGGCCGAUCUAAGCUAAGCCGCGAGGAUAAAAGCCACUUAAGAUGCACCUAUUCCGACUGCGGUAGAACCGGCCAUACCGAGGGAACCUGCUGGGUCAAGAGCCCUGAAAAAAUCCCACGAUCUCUCAAAGACAGAUUACCCGUCCACAUCGAUAACAAGCACAUGAACGAGAAAGCCGGCAUGGCCGGUAUCGUUGAAACGGAUCUUGUUCCCGACAGAGAUGUCUCUAUCCGUGCUGAUUCCCUAGGUACGGCUCCCUUCUCCAUACCUCACGCAAACUCAGCUGACUCUUCGUCACAGAAGCGUAGCGCUGUGUUGUGCAACGAAUUGCGAGAAUUGGGGGAGCUAGUACUAGGGGGUCAGGAAUCAGGAAAUUGA